AUGGUGGCUUACAAUAAUAAAAAGUACUACAUAGACAUCAUAGAGUCGAAGCCUUCAAAUGCAAUAAGUAUUAUAGAAACUGAUUGUGAAGUGGACUUUGCUCCUCCUCUUGAUUACAAGGAGCCUGAAAAACAUGUCGCGUCAAUUCCAACAGGCAAAGCACCGCCAGAAGGUCAGGAGCCUCCUGCCGAAGAACCAAAAUUCAAUGCCUUUACUGGUGUUUCCAGACGCUUGGAUGGAAAACCUCUGAAGAACUCGCCCCCGCCAAUUUCAUCAUCAGGAUCGAAAGACAGGACAUCAGAUGCUUCCAAUGGAGUCGGGCAAUCUUCCACUUCCAGUUCCAGUUCGCAAAGCAUUAACCGUCAAUCUCAGGGAAAGCUUGUAUUUGGCUCAAAUACAAAUCCGACUCGAGAAGCUCAGAAGGACACUCCAAAAGAGACGAAGCCGGAGCCUUCGAAGAAAGAAGAGCCGAAGUUUCAGCCAUUCUCCGGAAAGAAAUACUCAUUGAAGGGUUGA